AAUGGCAGCAGAUGGGCCAACCACUGAUGGCAAUGAUGAGUUUGAUCCUAGAUCAAGCGAUUUAGAAUAUUUAGAAGAGCAUGUAGGCGUUGAAUUAACUGCUCCAGAUGAAAAACUUUGGUACCAUGGACGCUUGGAUCGUCAAUCAGCAGAGGAAUAUCUUAUUAGCAGUGGCAAAGUUGGAAGUUAUCUUAUUCGUGAAAGUGACAGCAAACCUGGAUCUUUUGUUUUAUCUUAUCUUGGACAAUCAGGACCCCCUACACAUUUUAGAAUCAUUGCUAUGUGUGGAGACUAUUACAUAGGAGGACGCCAGUUUGAAUCUCUGUCUGAUCUUAUAGGCUACUAUUCAUCCUACUCUUGCUUAUUAAAAAAUGAGCAACUUCGAUUCCCAGUGCCGCCAGCAGAACCAGUGGACCAUAGACGAAGAGUUUUAGCUAUGCUAUCAUACAGAAAAAUGCCUGAGACAGAUGAGUUAAACUUUGAUAAAGGAGAUACUUUUGUUGUACACAAUGAAUUGGAAAAUGAAUGGUUGUGGGUCACUGCUGAAAGAACUAAAGAAAGUGGAUUGGUUCCUUCACAGUUUGUUGAAGAAUUGACUUGUAAUGGUGAUCCAGUUGAAGCACUCCCAUACUUUCAUGGAAAUAUCACAAAAGAGGUUGCAGUGGAAAAGCUUAUGAAAUCUGGUGAAGGAAGCUAUUUGGUGAGACCAAGUGAAAAUUCUCCUGGAGACUACUCAUUAUUCUUUCUUUGUGGGAAGGAUGUUAGAAGGUUUCGAAUUGAAAAGAAAGGGAGAUAUUUACAUCUGGGUGGACGGUAUUUUGAUAGUUUGGAUGAUAUAAUCAAAAGAUAUACUUCAGAAGAAAUAGUUGAAGGUUCAAAGCUUGUGUCUGCAGUUUAUCGCAGCAGUCGUCAUUUCAAUGAUAUUGAUGAGAAAUUUGAAGCUGUUGAUGGCACAGAUGAAACAUACUCUUCUAUACGCCAAAGUUCAGGUCCCAGUCUGCUUACUCGAUCCAAUGAUAGGAUAGAUAUGACUGGAUUUCUUAACAAAAGAAGUGACCGAAGAAAAGUGUGGAAAGCAUUCUAUUUUGUUUUGAAUGGCACUGACAAAUAUCUCUAUUAUUUUGAGAAUGACAAAAAAUCCAAACCAAAAGGAAUUAUCGAUUUAAAUUAUAGUGCAUUGUAUCCUGUUCAUGACAGCCUUUUUGGGAGACCCAAUUGCUUUCAGAUUGUUAGUAAUUACGAUAACAAUACUGAGCAGAUUUGUUAUGUGUGUGCUGAUAGUGUGGAUCUUGCUCAGAAAUGGAUUCAGGUUUUGAAACCAUAUUGUGACAACUCCAAAGGAAAUAAAUCACAGCACCAUGCAUCACUUAAAGAGUUCCAUAAACUGGAAGUGAGCAUAUUAGAUGCACACCGCUUUUCACCUAAAGUUUUGAAUCAUUCAUACUGUGUGCUUAGCUUGAAUAAUGUCAGAGUAGGAAAAACAGAUGUGGUUGAAGGCUCAAGUCCAUUUUGGUCAACAGAUUUCUUUUUAGAUGACAUUCCACCUAUAGUUGAAUCAUUUACAGUCUUGUUAUUCAACAAAAUUAAACGGCUUAAAGAUACAGAAAUAGCUUCAGUGACAGUUUCAUUGUCAGAAUUAGCUGGUAAAGGCUUUGUUGAUGAAACCUAUACACUUCAGCCAACACCAGGUAUGAAAGGUGAAAUGGGAACAUUGCGCUUAAAAUCUCGUUACCAGCAUGAGAUUAUUAUGCCUCAAGAGGAAUAUACAAGUUUAAAAGAGUUAUUGCUGGAUGAUGGCUAUGAGCACAUAAUGGCAUUGUCUCAAAUAUCAGGGGAAAGUGAGCGCACAACACUAGCUUAUGCACUAUUACAGAUCUUUCGGCAUGAACGUAAAGAAGCUGGUUUACUCUGUGCUUUAAAUGACAGAGAAAUAGAAAAAGAAGCUGAAGUUUCAACAUUGUUCAGGGCUGGUUCCCUAGCCACAACACUUAUGGUGCAAUACAUGAAAUUGACAUCAACUAAUUUUGUACAUAAAGCUGUCAAGGAGUCUGUUCAAAAGAUUGUAGAACUAAAGCAGUCAUGUGAGCUUGAUCCAAAGUUUUUGGAAAACUCUACAGACAAGCAAUCAAAUUCUGAAUUCUUUCUUCGUCUCCUUACAGAAGUUGUGGAAUCCAUAUUUUCUUCUAUAGAUUAUUGCCCUAUGACCCUGCGGUAUGUAUGUAGUUGCUUACAGAAGCGAGCCAAAACAAAAUGGCCAAGUGAUGAUACUGUAAAAACGCGUGUUGUUAGUGGAUUUAUUUUUCUUCGUCUUCUAUGUCCGGCCAUUUUAAACCCGAAGUCUUUCAACCUUGUAUCAGAGAAUCCUUCAGAGACAGCAGCAAGAACACUAAAACUUAUUGCCAAAGCAUUACAAAAUUUGGCUAACCUUGUUGAUGUUGGUCCCAAGGAAGCCUAUAUGGAAGUUGUCCAGCCUUUUGUUAAGAAAAAUAAAGACAGAAUGAUUUCAUAUCUUGAUGAACUUUCGAAUAUUCCCAAGGAGCCUCUAACUCAUGAAAGUUUUACAGGGGACAGUGCUAGGGAACUUGCCACCAUUCAUCAGCUAUGUGAUACCCAUCUUGAUGCUCUUAAAGGACUAAUAACAGCCCAGGUAUCAACAAAAAAAAUUGUGGUUGUGACUGAAAUGUUGACAAAUCACAAAAAAAGAUACAUGGGUGAUUUGUGCCAUACUCAGGGAUUUAGCUUAGUACAAAAGAAUUCAAUAUAAUGUUUUGUACAUCAAGCAUGCAUACACACAGAUGCAUAUCUUUACACUAUUAUUUUGCAGACUGCCAUUACAGCUAGUAGGUAUUUUCUCCUUGUAAAAGCUAGUGACGGUAAUGAGGCUAUUUUUUUUUUUUUU